AUGAUUCAAGCACCCACCUUGGUACCACCCAAUGCAGCAAGGCCCUUUGUGAUCGAAACGGAUGCAUCCGAUUUGGUGUUGGCGCUGUUCUUUUGCAAAGAGGUGACGAUGGUGAAUUGCACUCCUUUGGCUUUUGAAUCCAAGAAGCUUUCGUCAGCGGAGCGCAAUUAUCCCGCACAAGAAAGAGAGCUGCUGGAGUAUCCGCAUGCGUUACGUUCUUGGAGAUGUUUCAUUGAAGGAGUCGCUCUUACAAGGUGUAUACGGAUCAUCAUCCACUCGAAGUAUUUCAGGUCUCAACGCAAGCCCACACCUCGUUUGACUCGAUGGAUUGCUGAAAUGGGCAUAUGA